AUGGCGACUUCCAAAUUCUGUGCAUUCACUUCCUUCUUGGUGUUCCUAACCAUCUUCUUCAUCACAAGCAAAGCUUCUUUUAAUUACACAGCUCAUUACUGCUCAAACGCCACCAUCGUCCCCGCCAACACUACAUUCAAACGAAACCUCAACGUCCUCCUCUAUUCCCUCACCUCCAACGCCUCCCAGUUCGGCGGCUACUACAUGACCAUCAUGGGCUUCGGAACCACCGACGCCGUCAACGGCCUCUUCCUCUGUCGCGGGGACGUGAUCUCCCCUACCGCCUGCGAAGACUGCGUCACCGCCGCUGCUAAGGACUUAACUACCCGUUGCCCUAACCGAACCGAGGCCAUAAUCUGGUACGACCAGUGCAUGCUGCGUUACACUGGCAAGUAUUUCCGGUACGACAGCGUCACACCCGGAGUAAACCUCGACGACGGCAAGAGAUUCUCCGGCAGGGACUUGGAACAGUUCAAUGUCUCGUUAUUCAACUUAUUGACUGAUUUGACAACGAAGGCUGCGAGACCACCGACAGUGAAGAAGUUUGCCGUCGGCCAAGCGAUAUUAUCGAGCUCGCCGGUGACGACGCUGUAUGCUUUAGAGCAGUGCACGGAUGACUUGACCAGUGAUCAGUGUGAAACAUGUCUGCGAAAUGCCAUUGGAAUUUUCGGUAAUUGCUGUGAGGGAAAACAAGGGGCGAGGGUUCUUCUUGCUUCGUGCUACAUCAGAUAUGAACUAUAUCCGUUUUACAAUGUAACGGCUGUAUCACCUGGACCUGCAGUAACAUUGUCUCCUUCUUCAGGCGAGGACAAAAAUGAAACGCGAAGAAUUCUUCUAAUUGUCGUUCCAGUUUCGGUUGCUGUUAUGAUGCUGUGUUUGGGAGGGGCUUUCCUUCUGAAAAUACGGAAGAAGCAUAAGACUGCAGUACUUAAUGAAAAUCAUGGAGAAGAAAUUACCGCUCCAGAGUCGUUGCAAUUCUCUUUUGCUACAAUUGAAGCUGCCACAAACAAUUUUUCACAGCUUAACAAAAUAGGCAAAGGUGGAUUUGGGGAAGUCUACAAGGGUGCGCUUCCAGAUAAACGAGAAAUAGCAGUUAAGAAACUUUCAAGUAAAUCUAAGCAGGGUGUGGUGGAAUUUAAAAAUGAGAUUUCACUUAUUGCCAAGCUUCAACAUAGAAAUCUGGUUGCCUUAUUUGGAUUUUGCUUGCAAGAAGAGGAGAAAAUGCUGAUCUAUGAAUAUGUGCCUAACAAAAGUCUUGAUUUCUUUUUAUUUGAUUCUAAUCCAAAGAGAAGGAUAUUGAAUUGGUCUGAGCGAUACAACAUCAUCGGAGGCAUUGCAAGAGGAAUUCUAUAUCUACAUGAGCAUUCACGACUCAAAGUUAUACACCGUGAUCUCAAGCCUAGUAAUGUGUUAUUAGAUGAUAAAAUGAAUCCAAAAAUAUCAGAUUUUGGCUUAGCAAGAAUAGUUGCUAUAGAUCAAAAUCAAGGAAGUACUAGUAGAAUUGUUGGAACAUAUGGUUACAUGUCUCCUGAAUAUGCAAUGCAUGGACAAUUUUCAGAAAAAUCAGAUGUAUAUAGUUUUGGAGUUAUAAUUCUAGAAAUAAUUAGUGCAAAAAGAAAUGCUCGAUCCCCCAAGUCAAAGAUUCUUGAAGAUCUUUUAAGUCAGGCAUGGAGACAAUGGAGGAAUCACACCCCACUGGAAGUUCUGGACACAAACCUUAAAGAAUCAUACUCUCACACUGAGGUCAUAAAGUGCAUUCAAAUUGGGUUAUUGUGUGUACAAGAAGACCCAGAUGAUAGACCCACAAUGGCCACAGUUGUUUCAUACCUCAAUACCCAAUUAAUUGAUUUGCCAUUUCCAAGAGAACCUGCGCUCUUCAGGUACAGUGCUGGGAAAUCAACGAACAUGGUAGAUGGAGAUUGCAGUUCAGGACAAUCCUCCAUUGAUUCCACACCUUCUUCCAUCAAUGACAUGUCCAAGACUACUUUCUUCCCUCGAUAGUUUAUGUGAGUUGGAAGCUUUCAACAUCAUAUAAUCGCGUCAAAUCGAUCAUUCCUCAGGAAAAUUUUUGGGGAAAAAAAACAAGAAGAAGAAUAUAUGCCUUCUGUUUUCUUGUCGUCCAGAUAUUAUUCUAUAUAUAGUGGCUGCAAAUGUGUACAUGACUUG